CUGCCGUAAAAUGCAAGCCUUGCGGAAGUACUGACGUGUUCGCGUCAGCUUGGUUGGAGUGACUGGCGACUAGCUGAGGUAGUGCCGGGUAGUGACACAGCGGCUAUAUCAGAAUGUCAGAAGGGGACAGCGCUGGGGAGUCAAUCCAUGGAAAACCAUCUGUAGUUGCUACAUUUUUCACACGGGUUGGACAGAUCUAUCAGUCAUGGCUAGACAAAUCAACGCCAUACUCUGCAGUGCGAUGGGCCUCCACACUUCUACUUACUGCGCUGUACAUGAUCAGAGUGUACAUACUACAGGGUUGGUAUAUAGUUACUUACGCCUUGGGAAUCUACCAUCUGAACCUGUUCAUUGCUUUUCUAUCACCAAAAGUGGAUCCUUCACUGCUUGACGAAGACGAGGGCCCCGCCCUUCCUACCAAGCAGAAUGAAGAGUUCCGUCCUUUCAUCAGGCGGUUGCCCGAGUUCAAAUUCUGGCAUUCAGCAACAAAAGGCAUCGUCAUUGCCAUGAUUUGCACAUUUUUCGAAGCCUUCAACGUGCCGGUGUUCUGGCCCAUACUUGUAUUGUACUUCAUCAUGCUCUUUUGCAUCACCAUGAAGAGGCAGAUCAAGCAUAUGAUCAAGUAUAGAUAUCUACCAUUCACGCAUGGGAAGAGGACAUACAAAGGCAAGGACGACACAGGGAAACCUUUUGCUAGUUAAAACUCCCCCUUCCCUUUGUCCUUGUAUGAAAAUUGCCAUUGACAGUCCACGGAGACAGACAUAGGGGCUCAGAUCUUUUUUUUUUGUAAGGGGACGGUUACAUGACAAGAAAAAAAAAAAAACAGACACAAUUUUGAUCCGCGUUUGACAGUGGCUGUAUGAGCCUCCUAACAACACAGAUCAAAAAUAGUCUGCAAGUGUUGCCUUUGUCCGCUAGGAUGGAUGGCGUCCGGGGGGUUCUCGAGAUGAUUCUCGUCCUAAAUUUAGAUUUGGCCAACAUUUGUUAGUAGUUAGUGAGCCUCGGUGCUGCCUUUUGCCUUUUAUAGCCUACUCGUUAUGGAAGUGGUCACCAAGAACCACAGUGAAAAACAUUUGCUCCAGCUUCAUAAAGUUUGCACACACCCCCCACCCCCAUGUUAGCCUUCCAUGAUUUUUGCUGAAUAUUUUGUGUCAGCAAGUUUGUUUGUUCCACGCGAUGAAAGUGAGUCGUGCCAAUUAUUGGUACGUGAUCAAUUUGAAAGACGGCACAAUUUUUCCAUCUGCGCUCAAAUAAUGCCCUCCUGCUCUGAAAUAAAUCAGACGGCCGUCCUCAGAGCUAAAUGUGGAUCGGUGGCAUUUCAUUCGAAUCAAAUUAUUUCAGUUGAUUGACGGAAGACUUGAAUUGACUAUUUUCAGGUCUUAAUACCCAUUGAUUUCUUGAUCGACGUGUUGGACGCUCACCCACCCGAGCUCCGUCAUUGGACGCACACAUAAGUGACACCAACACAUUUAAUUCCCCACUCAUGCCACUCAUCGCUCAAAUUUGUUCCGGGACGGCGCAUUUUGCUUGAAAGAGCAAGUCCUCGAAUUCGCUUUGCCUCAGAUCUGAACACCGACGAAAGACAGUACACCUCGCCUUCACAAGGGGCACCCCAAAGCAGUUUGUCACGAGCUCCGUUGGCUGUUUGACUCUAUUUUGGAUUCGUUGAAUAAUCAGCGACUCAAUUUGAUGGCCGAUUUGGAACGUGGCGAGGGCAACUCUCGGUGGGGCUCUGUCAGGCUUUCUGAGCGCUUGGGGAGUCUUUGGGAGAAGCAAAAUUCACUCUUGGGAGGAUUGCUGUUUCAAAAGCCUGCGUGCCAUUCAUUUAGAUGAGUUUAGAUUAGCUCUUGUACUCACUUCUAACUUGUUUGUUCUUCAUAAAACGUGACAGUCAUUCCAAGCAAACUGUUGUUUCUUUCUUUUGCAGAGGAAACAUAAGAAAACUGAAAUUGAGGGCUUUUAUUAUGUCAAAUGGAUGAAGUGGGUGACGAUCACUUUUUUUUUUUUGUUUCCUUUCUGGGGGGUGUCCCUGACAACUUUUUUUUUUUAAUCUGUCUAUAUAUCUUUUUUUUUUUUUUUUUUUCCAAAAUCCUGGAAACUUUUGCCCUUACUGAACUGAGAUCCACGCUGUCGUAAGGGAACACCACAAUAUUUCCUGUAAAAAGUGGCUUUCAAAGGGUUGUUGAAAAGAUUUGUACAUAUAUAUAUCUUGAAAUAAGACAUUUGAGAUUUAUUUUUGUUUUCUCCCCCUUUCAACCAAGAUCGCUAUUCAUUUGCUAGUGUUUAAAAUAAAUUUCAUCUGAAAUUGUUAAGAGCAGAACUGGUUAAUCUUGUUCUCGAUUUCAUGCAUUCAAUCUGUUUCUCAUGACUUGCAUGUUCUUGUUUUCUUGUGUAACUGUUCAAAAGUUGGUUUUAAUAACUUAAGUGUCAUUUUUUUUCCACUUCAAAUGCUAUUAAAAAGGAGAUGU